AUGUACGCCCACAGAGAGCACAUCCCCCCAGCCUCAGAGACCCUGAGGACCACCAGCCUGCGAGCUCGGAAAUCCCUCCGGCUCCGCAGACCCCAAGGAACCUCCACGCGCUUUGGCCUUGGGGCAGAGAGACUCAUGCGACCACGGACGGCCUCAGAGUCCGAGCAGGGCCUGCCCGGAGGGCCCAGCACCGGGAGCGUCAGCGGGCCCCCAGAGGAGACCCCUGAGAGAGACUCGGGGAGAACAGGGCGGAAGCCCCCGGCCCAAGAUGCUUUCAAAGACAUUUCCGUGUACUUCUCCAAGGAAGAAUGGACAGAGAUGGGAGACUGGGAGAAAAUCCGAUACAGGAAUGUGAAAAGGAACUACGAAGCCCUGAUCACUAUAGGUCUCAGAGCCCCUCGACCGGCUUUCAUGUGUCACCGCAGGCAGGCCACCAUACCACGAGUAGAUGACACUGAGGAUUCGGAUGAAGAAUGGACGCCAAGGCAGCAAGUCAGACCUUCUUGGGUGGCUUUCAAAAUGGAGCAGAGUAAACACCAGAAGGGAGUACCCAGAGCGCCAUUAAGUAAUGAAUCUAGUUUGAAGGAAUUAUCAGAAACAGCAAAGUUGCUGAACACAAGUGGCUCAGAGCAGGACCAGAAACCAGUGUCCCAUCCUGGAGAAGCAAGUACCUCUGGAUAUCACUCCCUACGAAAACUGGAACUCAGGAGAAAGGAUGUUGAAGUAAAGAUGUAUAGUCUACGAGAAAGGAAGAGCCUUGCAUACCAGGAAGUCAGCGAGCCCCAGGAUGAUGAUUACCUCUAUUGUGAGAAGUGUCAGAACUUCUUCAUUGACAGCUGUGCUGUUCACGGGCCCCCUACAUUUGUAAAGGACAGUGCAGUGGACAAGGGGCAACCCAACCGCUCAGCCCUCACUCUGCCCCCUGGGCUGAGAAUCAGACCAUCAGGCAUCCCUCAGGCUGGGCUUGGAGUAUGGAAUGAGGCAUCUGAUCUGCCAUUGGGGCUACACUUUGGCCCCUAUGAGGGCCAAAUCACAGAAGAUGAAGAGGCAGCCAACAGUGGAUACUCCUGGUUGAUCACCAAAGGAAGAAACUGCUAUGAGUACGUGGAUGGAAAAGAUAACUCUUGGGCCAACUGGAUGAGGUAUGUGAACUGUGCCAGGGAUGAUGAGGAGCAGAACCUGGUGGCCUUUCAGUAUCGCAGGCAGAUCUUCUACCGAACCUGCCGGGUCAUCAGGCCAGGCUGCGAACUGCUGGUCUGGUAUGGGGACGAGUAUGGCCAGGAGCUGGGCAUCAAGUGGGGAAGCAAGUGGAAGAGCGAGCUCACGGCAGAGAAAGGAGACAAAGCACACAACACAGCCAGUUGCAUCAACAUCUACCUGACCCAAAAUUUCCUUUUUCAGCAGAACCAAAGCCAGAGAUCCAUCCCUGUCCUUCUUGCACUCUGGCUUUCUCCAGUCAGAAAUUCCUCAGUCAACAUUUGGAACGCAAUCACCCUUCUCAGAUCCUCCCACGAAUAUCUGCAGGGGAACAUUUCCAGCCAGAGGAUCCCUGCCCAGGCGAACAAAAUCACCAGCAGCAGCAACAUUCUGAUCCGCAGAACUGGAAUGACAAAGCUAAAGGUCAAGACGUCAAAGAAAGUUUCAAACCUUUGCUUGAAAGUAUAAGGCAGAGGAAAAAUUCAAGAGCCUUUCCCAUCCCAUGCGAAGGACAAACAGGGUAUGAGGGAAUGGUGGAGGAAGAGCCCA